AUGUCUGCUAGAGCAUCGCCCCUUCCCCCUCCUCGCUCCCCCGUAGUGCACGAAGGCCUCGGCCAGCACUUUCACGGUGAUUUCUACGCUGCCUCCCAAAUGGGAGGGACCGCGGGCGGUCAUGGGAACACCAACACCACUUUCAAUGGAGGCGAAGAGACGCACAAAGUCCAAAUCGAGAAGAUCAAAGCGAAGCUGGACGCCAACAUCAUGGACGACGCGGAUCACUAUCUGUCGCUCGGACAGCUGUCAAAGAUUACUAAGGAGCUGAACGGGCUCCUCAGCCAAGUGGGUGAGCUGCAGGGGAGGAUCCGGGAGAAAGCGGGUCUGUGA